AUUUAUCCGCUGGACCGCUGCGCUGCGCGACGUACUAAGCCGUCGGUUAAGCUGAGGCUAGGCUAGGCUGGACCGCUGCGCUGCGCGACGUACUAAGUGAGUCUUUUGAGCAGCGCCAGGCUGCCCCGUGCCCUAAGAAGAGGGCACCAGCACUCUACGCCCCCAUAGCCGCUCCGCCGCGCCCUUGGACCCCAACAUACCGAACCAUGAGGGCCUCCCUCGUCCUCCUCCUCCUCCGCCCCACACGAGCAGGAGACUGCAUCGACAUGAAUUUUUGUAAUGGCCACGGCCACUGCGAGCCGGCGACCGACACGUGCGACUGCUACGAGGGCUGGGGCGCGAAGACCGACGUCGCGCUCUACAAACUCCACGACUGCAGUGGCAGGACGUGCCCGUCCGGGCCGGCCUGGGCCGACGUCGCUUCCGAUUCGAAAACCGCACAUGCCCCGGCGGAGUGCUCGGGCAAGGGCACUUGUAAUAAAGCGACGGGGACCUGCAAAUGUGUCUCGGGCUUUUCAGGUGACGCGUGCCAGCGCUUCGGCUGCCUCUACGACUGUUCGGGACAUGGGCAAUGCGUCAGCAUGAAGAAGAUGGCCACCAUGCCCAAUGCUUUACCCUUAUCCAAACCUGCGACUUAUACAGGACUAGAGACGACAGAGCGUUGGGACCAGGACCGCAUCUACGGCUGCGUCUGCGACAGUAGCUGGCCCGUCGGCCUCGGCCCGGGCCAGCGCCAGGAGCCGGAGUGGUUCGGGCCCUGGUGUUCGCUGCGCCACUGCCCCUCGGGCGACGAUCCCUACACGACGCACGUCGACGAGACGAACUGCACCGGAGUCACAGCGGCGGGCGGCUACGGCGUCGGCGAGAAGGGCAAUCUGUGCCAGGUCGACUGCGCGAACCGGGGCAAGUGCGACACGGAGACGGGCGAGUGCUCGUGCUGGACGGGGAGCUACGGCCACGACUGCACGCUGCUGAGCGCGCUCGCGCGCUAG